GGGGAUGCAUUUCUGGUACUGGUGGUAUUAGACAAGCUCUAAGGGAAUAAUCUCUUUCUUAUUUCUAUAUUUUUUUCCCAUGAUAACUAAGAACAAGAAAAUCCAAAAUUUCACUUUGAAUUUUGGACCUCAACAUCCUGCUGCUCAUGGUGUUUCACGAUCAGUAUUGGAAAUGAACGGAGAAGUGGUGGAACACGCAAAACCACAUAUUGGAUUACUCCAUAGAGGGACUGAGAAAUUAAUUGAGUACAAAACUUAUCUUCAAGCUUUACCUUAUUCUGAUCGUUCAGACUAUGUUUCUAUGAUGGCCCAAGAACACGCUCAUUCUUCAACCGUAAAGAGACUUUUGAAUUGCGAGGUACCAUUAUGAGCUCAAUAUAUACGGUUAUUCCAUGAAAUAACUCAAAUUUCAAAUCAUUCACUUGCUUUAACUACUCAUGCUAUGGAUAUAGGAGCAUCAACUUCGUUCCUGUGGGCUUUUGAGGAGCGGGAGAAAUUGUUGGAAUUCUAUGAAAGAGUCUCGGGAGCCAGGAUGCAGGCUAGUUUCAUACGACUAGGUGGAGUGGCACAAGAUCUGUCUCUUGGCUUAUGUAUAGAUAUUGAUUCAUUCACACAACAAUUUGCUUUUCAUAUCGAUGAAUUAAAAGAGAUGUCAACCGGCAACCAUAUCUGGAAACAACGAUUAUUGGAUAUUGGUACUGUCACUGCACAACAAGCAAAGGAUUGGGGAUUCAGUGGUGUAAUGUUAAGAGGUUCUGGGGUAUGCUGGGAUUUGCGAAAAGUAGCACCUUACGAUGUUCAUGACCAAUUGGAUCCUGACAUACCAAUAGGUACCAGAGGAGAUUUCUAUGAUCAUUACUGUAUUCGUAUCGAAAAGAUGCGACAAAGUGUUCAGAUCAUUAUGCAAUGUCUUUAUCAUAUUCCUAGUGGCAUGAUCAAAGCUGAUGAUCGUAAGCUAUGUCCUUUAUCACGAUCUCGAAUGAAACUAUCCAUGGAAUCGUGCACUGUGUGA